UGCAGGUGUAGCUCUCAGGUGUAGGCCUCGCUGAAGCCUGAGCUCGAGUAGGCCAGCAGGCCCCAAGCAAGCCAGGAAGAAGCAAGCCAGAGUGGCCACCACCGUCCUCUGCAGCAGCAGACCCUCUGCCAGACCCCUUAUUCAAAAAAGGAAAGGAAAAAUGUGUUUAACUCAUGCCGUUCAGGAGCUUGGAUUGCUGGAUUUAUACCUGUGGACCCUGAGCUGGGAGUUGCCAUAUUUCAUCUGUUACAGUAGGGCAUUCAGCAGAGCCCACCGGAUUGGCCAGAACAAGAAGGUGAUGAUCUACCGCUUCGUCACGAGGGCCUCCGUCGAGGAGCGCAUCACCCAGGUGGCCAAGCGGAAGAUGAUGCUGACCCACCUGGUGGUGCGGCCCGGCCUGGGCUCCGAGUCUGGAUCCAUGACCAAGCAGGAGCUGGACGACAUCCUGAAGUUUGGCACGGAGGAGCUGUUCAAGGACGACGUGGAAGUUACGAUCUUAGAAGACAGAAUUAAGAUUAAAUCCGACUCAAACAUCGAGCCAGACCAACAAGACGAAGUUCAACGGAGACAAAUGGAAAGUCCUGAAUCUGGGUCAGGGUAUCCUGUAAGAAGCCAUGCUUGGAUUUUAAUAGCCAUGUUCCGACUCGCCAUGGAUUUCACCUCUUGCGACUCUUUGGGCCAAGGCCCCAACCGGCUCCGGCCUUUGCAGAGACCCGCCCGUUGGCACGGAUUUGCCCAUAAUCCUUUGUGGAGCUUUAGAUAUGGGCCACAGGCGAGGGGUCGUGGGCUUCUGGGGAGCCUGGUCUUCCCCUCUUGGGAACGGUCUCACGGACAGCCGCCCACGUCUCAUUCCAAACGGCUGCACAAAGCCGUGGACCUCCUGUGGAAAAGCAGGCGAACCGAGCACGUGGCACCUGGGAAAUCUCGCCCUUCUUUGGCUGACGGGAGUACGGAGUACCAGACUUACUUGAAAAGGCGGAAACGGUUUCUCCAGGCCAUCAGCAAGCCCACGACGGAGAACGAGGUGAUUGUGUGGGGAUCGACGAGUCCUUUGGAACCCCUGGAGACCAGCAUGUUCCCGGGGAUUUAUGUUCCGGCCACCACUCUGGUUUCACGCAGCAGAACGCCGCACACGACCACCACUACCACUACCACCACCAUCACCACCACCACUGCCACUUCCACAACAGUUCAGCCCAAAGGCCCUAGAGCUGGGGUGGACCUCCCCAAGAACAACCCUGGUGGGGUUAGCACAAUGAUCCCCCCCGCCACGCCUGAUGGGAAUAAUAAAGUUGUCCCACCGAAGCCACCAGGAGAAACUUCAGGUCUGGCUGUCCAUCAGAUUAUCACCAUCACCGUCUCUCUCAUCAUGGUCAUAGCCGCUCUGAUAACGACGCUCGUCUUAAAAAAUUGUUGUGCACAGAGUGGAAACACGAGGAGGAACAGCCACCAGCGGAAAAUUAACCAGCAGGAAGAAAGUUGUCAGAAUCUGACAGACUUCACCCCAGCCAGAGUGCCCAGUAACCUGGACAUCUUCACGGCCUACAACGAGACACUACAGUGCUCCCAUGAAUGCGUCAGGACACCGGUUUCAGUGUAUGCCGAGGAGACGAUACUUCCAGCAGGGGAUUAUAAGACAUCCUUCAACGGAAACAGACCGUCAUCCUCUGAUCGGCAUCUAAUUCCUGUGGCCUUUGUGUCUGAGAAAUGGUUUGAAAUCUCCUGCUGACCGGCCGAAGUCUGUUUUACUUCCUGGGGGCAGGGCAGACGCCAUAUGUCUAAUUCCUGGAUUCCGUUGGUGAACCUGUAAAAAAAAAUUUAAAGGGUGACCUAUACCUACCAUUUGUGUUUACUGAUGGAAGACUCAAAGAGCAGCCAAAUAUAUUUUUAUAUCAUAAAAGAGGGACUUGCCCCUACAAAUGAUUGCAUUUUCAAGGAGUGCAUUAUUUUUCAUGGGAGAAGCGGGGGAAAGAAAAGGAUAAAACUUGCCAGGGAAGACCGAGUCAAGAAGAGAGCAGCGGCGCGCCGGACGAAGCUAUGGCUAAAGGAUACGACACGUGAACUGUGAUUAUUUUUCUGAAUCUGUGCCAAUAAUAAUACCACUAUGUGCCAUGAAUCGCCAGGGGAGACUUCUUGAGAAACUGAAGCUAAGUGGAAUAUGUGUCAAAAAGAAAAAGCUUACCGAAAAGUAGGGGUGAGAGUAUCUCUUCUAAUAAAGUCAGUAUUUCUGGUUACUAUACAUAUAUAUAAUAUAUAUAUAUAUAUAUAAACACAAAACACUUUUUGUACUGUAGCAAAUUUUUGAAAAAUCUUAAAUGUCCCCAUUUUUUUUUUUAAGCAACGAAAUGGGUCUCGUGGGUUCUCAAAUAUGAUUCCAUUCACAUGCAUCGUGUAUGGACUUAAAUAAACUGAUGUUUUCUACUUCAGGAAGUUUAGUUUUCACAGACCUGCACACAGAGACGCACGUUCUGAAGACCAGGACGUUGGACGGAAAUUAUGAAAAAAUACUGGGGGCCUUGGGAUAUUAAGCUUUGCGCAGUAACUUCUCUGGAUUCCCGAUCUUAGCAGAUGGCGCUUCUAGCCCAGCGGUGUGGGAUGUAACGGAUUCCGUGUGGAUGUGGCACUUAUUCUGAGUGAUACUGUAUUUACCUGAAUCCAAGACUCUUCCCCCCCCCGCAAGUUCCUUGAUGUCUGAAAUUGUGGGGGUCAUCUCAAAUUCAGGGAGCUGGGGCUCACGAUCACUGCACACGAGCAGGAACGGAGCCCUGGACGGCCGGAUCGGCUGCCCACACGAUUGCUGGCUCUGUGACGGAGCCGGCGGGGCUGGGGGGGGAGUGGGGGCCGAUUGGUCCCCAGAAGCUCCAGCAUGCCCUGCGUGAGCGUGCAGGGCAUGCUGGCGAGACCCCCGGAGCCGGGAGGCGGCUUUUCGCCUCCCCUCCGGGGGUCUCCUUGUGAGCCCCUGGUGGCGCAGUGGUAAAACUGCCGCCCUGUAACCAGAAGGUUGCAAGUUCGAUCCUGACCAGGGGCUCAAGGUUGACUCAGCCUUCCAUCCUUCCGAGGUCGGUAAAAUGAGUACCCAGAAUGUUGGGGGCAAUAUGCUAAAUCAUUGUAAACCGCUUAGAGAGCUCUGGCUAUAAUGCGGUAUAUAAAUGUAAGUGCUAUUGCUAUUGCUAUUGCUAGCCGCACCGUGGCUACUCACGAUCGGGAAGCCCAGGUUUGCAGAGCACUCGCUCCGCAAACCCGGGCUAAGGAGAGGGCUACAAAAGCAGGCUAGCCGCUUGUAAGCCACCGGGCUCGCCUGCCAUCCCGGUGGUUUACACAAUCAGCAAAAAUCGGGCUAGGAUCUCCUAGCCCGAUGUUUGCUGAUCGUGAGAAUAGCCCCCGGGUCUUCUUCCUUUGGGGCAAAUGCCGGUAUAAUCUGUAUUUAUCAUGUAUUUUUAAUGGGAUUGUAAUACAAUUCAGCCCUGUCUUCUAUUUGGGUAAAUACAGUACAUUUCCCCAGGGGUUUCCAGAAGAUGUCCCAUGAAGAUCCAGAAGCUGUUCAGGCAGGGGUGUAGCUAUAACUAAGCGGAUGGGUUCAAAGAACCUGGGACCCCGAGAGCCCCCCAGCUAUAUCCCUCCCUAUUUUCUUCAUCCUCUCCCUCACUCUGAAGGGGCGCCGGAGAGAGGGGUGAACACGGGCCCCCUCUCCCCUAGCUACGCCCCUGUGUUCAGGGCCUCCUUGCCCACCAUGAACCAGUCACUGCACAUAGUGGCGAGCAUCCUCACUAGUUCAGUGCUUGUGCAAGGGUGUCGUGCUUGUGCAAGGCUGUCGCACGAGCCCGUUGCACUAACUCUGGAGCUUGAGUUCCAGGCUGGUGGCAUACUCGCGCAAACAUCCUUGCACAACACGGUUGAUGAGGUUUGGGGCCGGAGAUCCAGGUACCGUUUUCUGCUGGGGAACCUCUUCCGCUCUCCUCCAUCCUCCAUCCAUGCACACUGUAAGGAUGCAAGAGCAUAGCUUCAGGAUUCUGGGCAGCUGCACAAUUUUCUUGCUGCACAGUUUUAGUCAGGAUCUCAGCCAGUACCAGGAGACGGUGGUGUCCUAUAGGGUGCCCUCAGGUGGGGCCAAAUGAAACAAUAGGUUAUAUCAGUGAGGGGACCAUGCCUUUGAGAACUUGACCCAGAAUGCACAGGGGAUCCAAUAUAUGCAAAUUUUCUCUAUGUGCAGGGCCUUUUAAAAAACCAUUGUUCCAUAGCUGGGGUGUCUAUAGGGGCACCCCAUGGAGCUUGGGCCCCCCAGUGAAUGGCUCAGAGCCAUGAAUCUUAUCAGCUACCCCUUUCUCAAUUGGGAGAACGCACGGUCAGUUCUGCUGCUCAAGAAACAAUGGUUGCUUCUUGUCUCUGUCUCUUCCCUAAAAGGUUCUGUGCUGGGGGACAAGAAAGAUGCUUUAUGCCCCCCCUCCAUUCAGCACUGGUCUCCCCCAGAUUCCCUUUGGGGAGGAGACAGAUAGAAUCAUUCUCGGGGGCACAGUUGAAUGUAAUUGAACCUCGGACCAGUAUUUCCUGUAACAGGCCUCCCCAGACAUUGUUGACCACAACCCCCACAAUCCCCAGCCAAAGGAUGUUGCAGCUGGGAAUGGUGGGAAUUGUAGCCAACAGCAGUUCUAACCAAGCAAGCCACAGAUCAUCGUGCUUGACCAUUAAAGCCCAUUAAGAGCGAUGGCGAUUGUAGUCAGUAACAUCUGGGAAUCCCUGUGAAACUGGCCGAGACCCUGGAUCUUUUGUGUAUCUAGCACUGCCUGUGUUCCACAGGAUAGUGUAUGUGACUGCAUGGGGAAAGGCUGGCGUGCCAUGGAAGGAGCACCAACACCUUCGGAAGGAAAAAUGGAGGCAGAUCUCAGGGUUUCUCCCAAGGAGAGACAGCGGAGAGUUUUCUAGGAAGGAGGCUCCGUGUUAGGUCCCCAAAUGGCAACUUUUUUAAAAAGCAGAACACUGGCAGCUUUCUAUUCAGAAACAAAAGGAGGGCCGGUCUUGUGGCAGGGAGCAUUAAGUGUCUGCUGUGCUAAGCAGGGUUUUUCUUGGUUUGCAUUUGGAUGAGAGACUACAUGUGGGUGCUGUGAGAUACUCCCCUUAGGGGAUGGGUCUCAGUGGAAGAGCGUCUGCUCUGUGUGCAGAAGGGUCCCUGGCAGCAGCUCCAGACAGGGCUGGGAAAGACUCCUGCCUGAAACCUUGGAGAAGCUGCUGCCAGUCUGUGUUGACAAUGCUGAGCUAGAUAGACCAAGGGUCUGACUCAGUACAAGGCAGGUUCUUUUGUGCUACGAAGCUGUAGGUCAGUGGUAGAGCAUCUGCUUGGCAUGCAGAAGGUCUCAGGUGCACUCCCUGGCAGCAUCUCCAGGUAGGGCUGGGAUCAACACAUGCCUGAAACCUUGGAGAAGCUGCUGCCAGUCUGGGUAGACAGUACUGAGCCAGAUGGACCGAGGGUCUGACUUGGUAGGAGGCAGCUUCCUGUGUUCCUGUGACUCUGUAAUUCAGAACUCCAAGAUCCAGGAGAAACUUGGGUGUGCAAAAUUUCAGCAGCAGCUCUGAUUGCAGCUGUACUCACGACCAUGUAUCAAAUUCUGGAGGGCACAUCACACGUGGAUAUACCCUGGAGCUGUCUCACACCGCCAGAUUCUGGACAGAACCGCUCCAUCCCCUUGCAUGCAUGGGAUGCGAUGUGCAAUGAGAAGCCAUUGUGUCCUUGCCCUGAGUUGGAGAAGAAAAUCCAGCUGGACACGUGUGAGUGAAGCUUCCUGUCUUGGCGGCUUCAUAACCCCGUAGACUGUUGGAUUAUGGUCAUGGCUAACAGGAAGAAUCAAAGCAAUCUCCUCCAAAGCGGCAUCGGGUGGCCAGCACAAACGCCUUUGUGAAUUGCAGCUGAUGCCUUCUCCUGCACAGAUUCUUUGCAUGUAUGUGGAAGCGAUUUCCAAGGUUCUGUCAUGCUGUAGUGUGACCAGGAAGCCAGGAAUUGACUCUGCAUCUGAAAGAGAGGGCUAUGCAGAAAGGCACAAGCUUGAUUCUUAAGUCCUGGGAUGAUCAGAUGGGGGUUCCUUCCCUGAUGAGUUUCCUGAGUGCAGCCCUCUUUAAUGCCUCCCAUUAAUUCCUAUGGGGGAAAGUUUGGUCAAGCUGCAGAAUGUGCAGAAUGCACAAAGACCAGCGCUGGGACGAAAUCCUUUCCUGCUCAUCAGUGGGGUCUUGGAGUAAAGAGGGAGUUGCAUGAUAUCAACCCCCUGGUCCUCUUUUUCAGCCCUCCUUGUCCUUCCCUUGGCAGUGAUUGCACCUCCUGCCCACUUCUGAGCACCAUGUUUUUUUAUUCAAGAUUUCAGAGUGAGGGCAGGGAGCAUUGCCCUCACUCUGAGUCGGCUUCAGGUGUGAUCACUCAUCCUCACCAUCAUCAUGAAGCUGAGUCAGAGUGAGGGCAAUGCUUCCUGCUCUCACUCCAGAACCUUGUGGAUAAAAACAAGAAGAACCCUGGAACACAAUCACCACGGAUCAUAAAAUUCACCCCAUACUUUGCCCCUGUUCUUGCCCCAUUAAAUUAGUCAAAUGUCUCCUACAGUUACAGUCUGUGUGAACAAAACAGUGAAAUUUGGGAUGGACAUUUCAGUUUCAUUCUAGCAGAGGAACACUGUAUCCUACUGUGGAAUCAUGCAAAGGAUCUUCUUCAAUACCCUUUUGCCCCCAAUCAUUACAAUGGUCAUUUUGCUAGUGUCUAUCAGUUGUCAGGAUGAUGGCCAUGUGCUGAUCCCAAAGAGAGAGAGAGAGAGAGAGAGAGAGAGAGAGAGAGAGAGGUCAAGCUAAUCAUGGUGUAAAUGUGUUAUGCCCAACCACAUGCGUUGGUUUGUAGUGGCCAGGCUUUUGAGUUGUGCAGGGCGUUUCAUAGCUAAAGAAGGCACUUUUGAACAUUCAUCAGUGGUUUUUGUUGUUGUUGUUGAAAUUGAAUGAUAUUUUUAUUACCACUAAAACAAUGAUCUGAACUAGAGCGGUCUUAACAGUCUCAAAAGAAGAGGAAAAGCUAAAGGGAAUCCUGUGUGGGUUAGAGUAUAGCUGAAGCCAAUGUCACCCCACAGUGACUGGAGGGGAGAGGGUUAGGGCUGGUCUUGUGGUAGCAAGCACAACUUGUCCCCUUAGCUAAGCAGGUCCUGCCCUGGUUGCAUAUGAAAGGGAGACUAGAAGUGUGAGCACUGGAAGAGAUUCCCUCUCAGGGGAUGGAGCUGCUCUGGGAAGAGCAGAAGGUUCCAAGAUAUAUCCAAGAUAGGGCUGAGAGAGAUUCCUGCCUGCAACCUUGGAGAAGCUGCUGCCAGUCUGUGAUGACAGUACUGAGCUAGAUAGACCAGUGGUCUGACUCGGGAUAUGGCAGCUUCCUAUGUCCCUCAUAAUGUUCAUGCCAUGUCCAAUCCAACCAUUUGAGCUUGUGAAAAAGUCUGAUGGACGUGUACCUCUCCAAAGCUUUCUGCUCCGGGUCUAUGUCGAAGACCUUGCUACAUGCAAGACUGUCCUAGAGAGAUCUGUGGUGGUUUAAUUGUGGCGGGUCCCUGUGCAUGGUCUAAGGGCACAUGAUACAGCCACCUUGCUGAAGUUAAGCAGGUCUUGGUGUGGUCAGUGCCUGGAUGGGAGACCAGUGUAUGCCACCUUUGGGGUGGGGUCGGCACUCAGUGGCAGAAUCUCUGCUUGGCAUGCAGAAGGUCCCAUAUUUAAUCUCUGGCAGCAUCUCCAGGUAGGGCUGGGAGAGAGACUCCUGCCUAUCACCUUGGAGAAGCCGCUGCCAGUCUGUGUAGACAGCCCUGAGCUGGGAGGACCAAGGGUCUGACUCAGUAUAUGGCAGCUUCCUAUGUUCCUGGAUACCAAAACCUUUUUAAAAAACUAAUCCAGAGUUUCAUAACUCCAAAGCCUAAAGCACAAACUGCACGACCGAGGCUGGGAUUUAGUUUAGUGAACUACUGCAGAGUAUAUAUUUAUUGGCCUAAGUGUUUCCCUCGUUCCAAGGGGAAUAAGGAUGUGCAGCUGGAGCCCACGUGAUUAGCAGGCAGUAAGAACCCUCUGGAUUGGACAGGCUGGGUAUACAUCCUCAGAAAGUGACGUUGCUUUCUGCUCAACAGGGCAGAAUCUUCUGCGUUUCAUGAUCAAGCUUCUAUGGGGUGGGGUCUGUGGUUCAGUGGAAGAGCAUCUGCUUUGCAUACAGAAGGUCCGAGCUUCAAUCCCUGGCAGCAUCUCCAGGUAGGUCUGGGAAAGACUCCCACCUGAAACCUUGGAGAGACGCUGCCAGUCAGAGCAGACAGUAUUGAGCAGGAUGGAGCAAAGGUCUGACUCAGUAGAAGGCAGCUUCCUAGGCACCUUUGAGAUGGUUACAUAUCUCUGUGGUAGAGCAUCUGCUUUGUGUGCAGAAUGUCCCAGCUUCAAUCCCUGGCAGCAUUUCCCACCUGGGCUGGCCCAAAACCUUGGAGAGCUGCUGCCAGUCAGAGUAGGCAGUUGACCUAGAACAGUCCUGCUCAACUUAGCCUCCCGCCCAGCUCCUUUUGAACUACAACUCCCAUAAUCCUCAGACACAGUAGCCUAUAGCCAGGGAUUAUGGAGAUUGUAGGUCUGACUUUAGUAUAAGGCAGACUGCUAAGUUUCUAGCCUAAGCUCUCAUCUGCCAACUUCAGCAACCAGUCAGAGGGAUACAAGGCUGCAAAGAAUGCCCUUCAAGUUUGGAUUUGGGCACGGCCCAACUCUCAAACCCAACCUGGUCCUGAUUAAAAAAAGAACGACGCAAAAAUGCAUUUUCCAGUUUUAAAGGACAUAAAGGAAAUUCCAAAUUUAGAUGGCACCCGAUAGGAAGUGAUGCCAGCAUCCACACAAUUAGAGCUAUUCAAAAAAGCUUUCCGAUUUCCACCCAGCUGCGGUGGCAUUAAAAGGGGGGAGGGGGGUGGCGGAGAAGUACGAAUGUAGAAGUUGGAUCCAAAUUGGUCUGUGUCCAAAGUUUAGGCUAUUCAAAGGAGGCAUGGUGAGAAAACAAAAAUCCAUCUUGUCGCAUUCACUGGAGAAAGGAUAGAUCCAGACCGUCCUUGUGCCAGAUUGAGCCAUUAGAUCUACUUUCCCCACUGAAAAAUAAAUGAACCCAUUGUGUACAGAUCCCUUGCUGCGAAGUGCAAUUGAUUUCAGUUUAACGGCCUCAAACCAAAUGUUCAGAACAAUUUUUUCACACCUGAUUUCAGACCAGGGAAUUAAGAGUUCUGGGGAGCUUUGUAAGAAACGGUCCAGCACUCUCCUCAUCCCCAGGUCUCUUUUGGUAACAGGUAAACUGACAUCAAACUAUUAUAAAAGCUGGUAGUGGUGCUACACCUUUCCCCCAUGCUCCCAAAGGAUUCAGUCCUAGUAUGCCGGAGGAAAAAUGAAGAAUAAACCUGGUUCCAGCAGCAGCUUUUUUAAACCACAGUGGACAAUUAAAAAAUUUCAAUCCGAUGCAUGUUCCAGGGCAAGCUUCCCCUAGCUUUCUUUGUAGUUAUUUGGUAUUUCCAAGCUGUCUUGGAGAAUUCUCGGGGGGGGGGGGGAUCUGGGGUCUUCCCCAGCCUUUUCCAAGAAAGCUAGAAAAAACUAAAUCUCAGAGAACUUGCUCCCAGGUGUUCCGGCUACUCAUCUGAAGUAACCUUGAAAAUGGAAGGGAAUGGUGAUGGAGAGGGCUUUUUGGAAACAGGUGAGAAGGAUGUUAUAGAACUGGAGAAGGUGCAGAAGAGGGCAAGCAAGGUGAUCAGGGGCCUGGAGCACCUUCCUUAUGAGGCAAGGCUAUAACACCUGCUGGGGCUUUUUAGUUUAGAAAAAAGACGACUGCAAGGAGACAGGGCAGAGGUCCAUAAAAUCAUGCAUGGUGUGGAGAAAGUGGAUAGAGAGAAAUUUUUCUGCCUCAUGCAUAACACUAGAAACGGGUCAUCCCAUGAAACUGACAGCCAGGAAAUUUAGGACCGACAAAGGGAAGUACUUUUUCACACAACAGAUAAUCAACUUGUGGACUUCUCUGCCACAAGAUGUGGUGACAGCCAGCAACCUAGAUGGCUUUAAGAGGGAUUUGGAUAAUUUAUGGAGGAGAGGUCUAUCAAGGGCUACUAGUCGGAGGGCCAUAGGCCACCUCCAGCCUCAAAGGCAGGAUGCCUCUGAGUACCAGUUGCAGGGGAGUAAGAGCAGGAGAGAGGGCAGGCCUCUUUCAACUCCUGCCUGUGGCUUCCAGCAGCAUCUGGUGGGUCACUGUGUGGAACAGGACGCUGGACUAGAUGGGCCUCCUUGGGCCAUUCUAGCAGGGCCGUUCUUAUGUUGCAGGGUUCAUGGUUAUAGUCCUCUGGGAUGCAUGGAAGUUGCUUUCUGGCUGCAUGAAUUGAAUGAGGAGGCAAAGGAACCUGAGCACCCUAGCAAGCAAUGAUGCUCCUGAGCUGUCCAGGCCAGGGAAUAAGAUGCUUACCAGGUCUCCAGCUGUGCCCAUCAGUUCUCUCAACAUCUGCCUCCUCUUUUGCAAGGGGAAGUUUUCUUGAGAAGUUGUGGGGACAGUUGGCUGGGAGCAAGUUUAAUACGAACUUCAGAGGGGAUUUGGCACAACUCACACUGGGGGAAAUGUCUUUUCCAAAUCAGCCAGUUUAGUUCUGGAAUUCCUUCAAUUCCAAAGUUGCCCCCACCCCAUCAUUAAAGGUAAAGUUGUGCCGUCAAGUCGGUGUCGAAUCCUGGUGACUACGGAGCCCUGUGGUUGUCUUUGGUAGAAUACAGGAAAGGUUGACCGUUGCCUCCUCCCGUGCAGUAUGAGAUCAUGAUGCCUUCCAGCAUCUUCUUCUGUCGCUGCUGCACAAUAUAGGUGUUUCCCAUAGUCUGGGAAACAUACCAAUAAGGAUUCCAACCGGCAACCUCUGGCUUGCUAAUUUCCCUGCUGCCCCAUCAUUACUAGUGAUGAUUUGUUUCUUUGAAUUCACAGAAGCAGAAGCCCCCUUUGAAACAAGGCUAUGUGUUCUAGAUCCUGACCAGAGGGCCUGGCUAGUUAAUUCAUUGUUCUUUGUUGAGAUGGAAAUAUUAUGGGAUGGGUAGGUUGUUAUCUCAUUUCGGCUUUACCACACUUUUUAAAAAAAAAAAGUUUCUGGCUUUCAUGAGAUUAUAGAGUCUUGUUUUGUUUCAUAUCUUCAUACCCCAUCUUUCUGUUAAGAGAACCAUCCAACGCUGUGAACUGCAAACAUUCAUUAAAACCGGCAGGGGCCAAGCAUUAAACCCACAGCUAAUAAAAUGCAGCCUGUCCCCCCAAAUAGCCUUCCAAACAAAAACAGGUCUUGAUGUCACUUUGGAAGCCCCCUUGCCCCGGGAGGGACUCUCAGAGCCUGGGUGCCAUGACUGAGAAGGCCCUGCCGACAUCCCCAUUGGCCUAACUUGUCUCUUUAUAUCUCUGUAUAAUCUCGUCCUUGUACUUGCUAGCCAAGACGGGCAUUAGGGGUUGACGCUGGGCAGUUGCUGAAGGCCCAGGUUUCCUGACUCAGUGGGGAAGCAUUGGAAACUAGUGUUUCCAUGCGUCAGGCAGGAAAAAAUACAUCUCUAGGCCAGGGGUGUUCUUCAGCAGAACUCACUGCUGAUCCGUCUCUUCUGAUCCCCUGCAGAUCCUCUGAAUUGGAUGAUUCAGGAGAAAUCACUCCUGAUCCACUUCUGUGUCCAGAGCAAUUUGUGUAGUUGUGACAGAGGGACUCUCUCAGGACCCACCCAUGUCAGAGGGGCCCAAUGAAGGCUUUCUGAGGGCCCCAUGGAACUUGAAGCCAGCCCCAGGCCUGUUGCUAAGACAUGGGGGGUGUCAAGAGCAAGACAGGCUCACAAGGACAUAUUUCGCAUCUGUUUUAUGCUGCCCUUUGAAGUCAGCCAUUUCAGGAUGGAGAGCAAAGGGGCCCCUGGGUUGUGAAUCACUCCCAGGCUCCGGGGACCCAUGGUGAUGCGACUUACCAAGGCAACCCAUUGAUUUCCCUUGGCCUGGUAAGAGUAUUAAAGCUUCCAGGUUGGUCUUGACCAUGCCUUCCUGGAAGCAAUACCUGACUUUGUUCUCCCCCUCCCCUCCCCUAGAUUUCCAGAUGCUGCACUUCACCCUUCUGACUAUUUACAAACACGACGACAAAUAUUGAUAUACUGCUUUUCAACAAAAGUUCCCGAAGUGGUUGACACAGAUCUAAAUAAAUAAGAUGGUUCUCUGUCCCCAAAGGGCUCACAAUCUCAAAAGGAAACACAAGAUAAGACACCAGCAACAGCCCCUGGAGGGAUGCUGUGCUGGGGGUGGAGAGGGCCAGUUGCUCUCCCCCUGCUAAAUAAAGAGAAUCCCCACUUUAAAAAGGUGCCUCUUUGUUCAGUUAGCAGGGGGCAGCUGACUAUUUAGCCCAGCUCCAUGACAUUAGGAAGGAUAAUGCCACUGGCCAAUCAAGGGAAUUAAUGACGCUCUGUGGAAUCUCCUUUUCCUGCAAGCCAAAUAAAGCCAAGACUUUCUAUUCCAAAGACAAAAGAUGAUCUCCCUAUGCACUUUGAUGUAGGCAGGGAAGAGGAGGAGAACAGGCCAGCCAGGGCACACCAUCUCCCCACAUGCAUGCCUCCCGAUUCAGCCAAGGAGACCCACAUGCUUGGUUGACCUUCCAUGCUCAGAGCCGAUACAUACGCAGACUCACAUCUGUUUGUGCACUGCAGUGUUCAUCCAACCACUCUGAAUGGUGGCUUUUGAUGCAGUUGGGCAUGCCCCAUUUGGAGCCAUUACUUGUUCUGCAGAUGACUACUUGCAUUUCGCAAGAGUUGGAUUCGAGGUCAUUACUAUUCGAGCGUUGGGUUGGGAUGCAGAGAAAACAUGUGCAAGGCAAUAAGAAGUCAUUCUUUCCCCGCGCGUGAGUGCUCAAAAGAGUUGUGCGACGUCAGGCAGAACUAAAAAGGGAGAGCUAUUAGCGGUAGGGAAUCGUUCUUGCAGGCAGAAGAGAUUCUCUGGAUGACAUUGGAGCAUCCUCAUGCAGGGUUCUUCUUGCACGAGCUUUCUGAAUUGGUUUUUCCAUGCCGAAGAGAUGUGAAUCAGGCAGGACUUCUCUCUCCAUAGUAAGAUGGAUCUCCUUGGCUGAUUGGCAGAAGAGAAAAUGCAGGAUAUGGUUGUGGAGACGAGGAGGAGGGUUUCAGCAAAUGCCACAACAGGCCAGAAAGACCAGGCAUGGGCCAAACACCAGAUCCUUCCUCCGUGUCAAUUGAUUUCCUUCCUUCUGUGUUAGGAAGGGAAGGAGGGAAGCAGAAUUGUGCCAUUUUGUUGUUUCUCCCAUUGGGGUGGGCCGUCGUAUCAGCCCUGCAUCAUUUCACCCUCCCUCAUGGCAGGGCCACCCGGCGUCUGCACUUGAUCUCUCUCAUUCCUCCAUUUCUCUUUCUUCAUCCUGGCUGCUGGCUCAGGUCAAUUCCCUGCAGAGCCCACCAUCCAUUUCCUUUGGGACUGUGGUUUGGGCUGGACUGAACACUGAUGCAAUGUAAAGUAUAAAUUAAUAAGCGAUUUCCAAGGGGUCAAGUUUAAAAAAAAAAAGCGAGGGUCUGAUGUGACCUAGAAGGCCGUUCUGCAUCCUUGCCAUGGAAAUGCCCAUCACGAAACAAGGAACACUCUCUUUCACUCUCUCUUUUUUAAAUUAAUGCUUACUCUUCUCUACAGAAAGCAGUCGAACCAAAAUUUGCACGCUGAUCAAUGUGAUUUGGGGCGGGCGGGGUUUACUUUUGAUGUGAUCUGUAGGCUCAGUAUAUCGGGGCUUUUUUUCUAUUUUUUAAACCAAUGUAAACAGUGCAGGCCACACAGAGUUUCUCUCUCUCCAAACUUGCCAUUGAAAAGUAUUUGUAAUUUUGUUUUUUGUUUUUUUCUUUACGAUUCAAUGACCUGCCCCCGGCUGUGUGAAGACCUCCUCAUUGUACUGACGUCCCUGGAUUUUCUAUUCCUUUGUACCUAUUGGCUGCACUCUGUAGUACUUGUGGGUAUUUCCAAUGUAAUCCUAAUGGAAUUUUGAACAUCAUAAAAUAUAUAUUCUAUAACGUU